AAUCAUCAGGCAACGGUGACCUCCGCGUCGAAUUUCAGCAAAAUCCUAUCUCCGGGAAGGGCAAAAGCUGCGCGAUUUGGGACAAAUUUUCCCGUAAAAUGUCUUUAGGGCAAAAGAGCUCGACGGAUCCUGGUGCGAUGCUCACUUCUCUUUUGAACAAGCGAGAGAAGCUUCGUCAAGAGUUACGAAGCAUCGAGAAACAGGUUUAUGAAUUGGAGACAAGCUAUCUUCAAGAAUCGAGUCAUAUAGGAAAUGCUUUGAAAGGUUUUGAAGGGUUUUUGUCUUCCUCCAAGAGUACUGCUAGUGCUAAGAGGUCAAGGAAGUUUCAGCCUGAAGACAGAGUCUUUUCAUUGUCCUCAGUUACAUCACCAGCUGCUGAAGAACUUGGUGUUGGAAGAGAAGAUGGACGAGCUGAAUUAGGGCCAGGGCGAUCCAAGGGUGGUUUGUCGACACAGGGAAAGCCGAAGAAAGGGAGAGGACAAUCAAUAGCAAGAGAGGCAAAGAGAAGCAGACCAUCUACAGAACCAGAUUAUGAAGAUGAAGAUGAUCCGGAUAUGAAUAUGUAUGGGCAUGGUUCACUCAUCUAAGGCAUUUUCUGUUUUGGUGCUAGAAACAGUAAGAAACAAAUCAGCUUGUAACCAUUUUUUUUGCAUCCUAGAACAGAACUGAACCGAACGAAGUAAAUCUAGGAACUAAUGUGCCAGCUUUUAUAUCAUCCAUUAUUAUGAAGUUGCAGUGAGGGUUUAAUCAAAUAGUUGAAGUUAU